AUGGACACAAUUGCGCAAUUCAAGCUUUCGAAACAAGGCGGGCUCACUCGUCGCCUGACAUUCCCUACUCAUCCUAGUUGGGCCCUUCUAUCCUCAAAGAUUAAUGAAGCGUUUGGUAUUGCGACCGAUAAUAUUGGGGUAUCCUACCUUGACCAAGAUGGGGAUGAAGUAACUCUCAGCUCUGAAGAGGAGUUGCAGGACUACUAUGAUACCCUCGGUGACGCUAAACACAGACUUAUCAGACUUUCGGUACAGGACCUUAGCUCCCUUAGGUCUACUGAUGUAGCACCCACCCGCCACCAUACCGCACCCCCACAGCAAUCUCACUUCCGGAACACAUUCGGAGAACAGGAUUCGCUGCCUUUCAUUUGGGAGGUCGAUGAUGAAUGGCAGCGUCUUCCUGGUAGCCUUGGCAGUCUUUUCUUGUCCAGUGACUCUCCGGAGAGCCCACACGCGUUCGUGGAGGUUUUAGAAAGUGACGUCAGUGUCUCCAAGAAGUCUGACAAAACAGACGAGGAAUCUGCCAUAGGAGACGUUACUCGCUCAGACAGGACGUUUACUAUGCCUACUUCCCGCACAGACAAGGGCAAGUCGCGCGUCGCGAUGCAGCCUACGGUUGAAGACGAUGCUUCAUCCACCGAUUCAGUAUGCGGCGACGAUGCGCCACUGCAGCCACAGGCCCAUGUUCGUGACUCUGAUAAAGCUUCCACAUUUGGUGGCAAUAUCAAGUCUCGUGUCUCGGUCGAUGGGACGGUGACUCCCGCUCAGGCUCAGAGCACCCCCGUCAUUUCUGGGCAGGUUCUUCCUGAGGCUGUGCUGAAAUCUACCGAAGAUCCCAAUGCAGCCAUUACUGACGACCCUGCCCUCCCCACUUUGGGCAGCACAGGGGCAUCAUCCCUCACUCAUGACGUAGCUGCCUUCUUGAAGACAGCUUCCGGUAUCAUUUCCGCUCACCCAGAAUUAUCAGAGGGUCUUCGUAGCAUCGUUUCUAAUGCCACAAAUGGAACAUACUGGACUGCCCAUCGUGACGCACUCUCUCGCGCUGCCGAGCGCAUUCAACAAGAAAGUGGUAGGACCGUGGAAGAGAUUCAGAACGCGGAAGAGGAGGCUAGCGCCAGGGUUGCAGAAGCCCUUGGUGGAAUUUUCCGUGUCAUCGGCGAAGCCAUCCAAACUGCUAGGACAACGACGGAGCCGCUCAGGUCACCUGCCGGUCAAGAUGUACCUACAGCUCCAGAAUCUGCCCCUGAGCCCCCCUUCCAUCCUCGCGAAUUUGUCCCAUAUCCGGGACUUCCUCCUCCAGGUCAUUUCCCGCCUCAUCCUCGUCACCACUGGGUCCCUCCCCCUCCGCCGCCUGGUCACCGUCAUGGGUGGCCCCGUCCGCCUCCACCCUUUUGGGGUCUUCCAGGCGGGCGCCAGGAGGAGGGUGGUUCGCAUGGUCUACGUGCGGAUCAUCACAAUGCAAUCCGUGCAAGGAUGAGUGACAUCCGCACCACGUUGGCUGAGGCACGCAACCGGCGUUUGGGAAAUGCAGGGCCAGCCACACCGGCCAACCCACCUCCCAUUCCUAAUGCACCUCCUGCGCCACCUGCAUCCGUUGUACCACCCCCUCCUGUACUGCAGGAUGACUCCAGCAUAUUCAAAAGCACUUCACUUACUCAAGAGGAGCUCAGGGCUGAUGUUGAACGCGCCAAGGCCGACUAUAAGAUGCGCAAGGAGAGGUAUCGUCAGGCUAGGGCCAGCAGGAAAACGGCAGAGCAACGCGAAAGGGGACAGGAACCUAGUGGAAGCAAUGAUGUUUCCGGGCUUACUGCCGUUUACGAUGUGACAGAGCCCAACGUCAGUGGUGCAGAUACAUCUGUGUCUCAAGGACCUCCCGCGGCAUCCCCAGUCCAUGAGCACGAGCAAGUGACUGUACCUCCAUCCACAGCUGCGCCCGCGCCAUCUCAUCCUGGUGCACCUCAGGUUCAUAUCGUAAGCAAUGCUAGGGGCAUGUACCCCCAGCUCGAGAUGUUCAGCGUCCCUAGGCGCAGCCACACCAUCGGACACACUGCACGCCGUGGCCUCGAGGACCGUUCCAGGCAGCGCAUUAUGAAGAAAUUGUCUGAAAUGGGUUUUACUGAGGGCACGUAUCCGAAACUGAACGCCAGGGUGUCAGAGCAGAUGGCCGCCCAUCCUCCCACUACUCAGGACAUCGAAGAUGAUAUUGUGACCAACUUGAUUGAGGAGCUUAUUCCUUCCACUUUUACACCUCGGGCUGGCGGCUCCAGGGAGCCCAUCCCUGGCGCUUGGGCCUAGAAGUGUUGUUGUAGGAUGUAUGAUGCCAAUUCUUGACUGUGUCCUGGGCUUUGCUUUGAUUUUCUGACUGUUGUAUUAUAAUUCUUGUAUUCUGAUUAGUUAUGCGAAACUUAUGUCGUCGAUACAGUACUGUAAAAUGAAUGCGUUUGUGCAACUUUUGUGACUCU